AUGAAGGUCGACAUCAAGGAUCUUAUUGGCCUGGAGGCCGAGCUCAAAAAGUCAUGUGACAGUGCAACACCGCCUGUUGUUCGAGACGCCAAGGUGAAUCUGCUCAAGUACCUUCAAAUCCAGACGGUACUGCAGUUCGAAGCAGCGUACGACAACUUGUACUACGAGCUCGGCAAGGAGGGAGGGCUCGAAUGUCUUCGCGACAUCGCCCCGUUUCGGUCGAAGGACUUCUCCCAGCCCAAGGUCUUGGAAUUACACGGCUGCGGCGAUGAGGACGUUCGACUUGCAAACCAGCUUGAAUUCUACCUUGCCGGCGCUGAGCUUGCAAAGCGGCGUUUGGACGAGAUCAUAACGAACUUAGCGGACGACUGGGGGAGAUACGAGGUUCAGCACGUGGAAGUCAAGUCACGGGAAAGCACGCAGCGGAAGGUCAGGAGAUUCUAUGGCGGCGACGUCCGAAAGGUUGCUGACAUGGCUCGGGUAUCUGUGAUCUGUCUCACGCCGGAGGACUUGCAGCAUGUGUACUCGGACAUCAUGGGAUCCUUGGAUGUACGGCGGGUGACAAACGGCUUCAACAACGAUUGGAUGCCCGGCGGUUACCGGGAUGUGAAAAUGAAUCCCGUCGUGAACGAGCACCUAUGCGAGAUUCAGCUCCACCUCGGCGACUUCUCCGUACUGAAAAGCGACCAACACGCUGUGUACGAGUGGGCGAGAGACCUGAAGGUGACCUCGAAAAUGCGCGCUACCGACCUUUUCAGCACUCUAUCCCGCGAGGUUACGGAGGAGAUGAUCCGCCUGGCUCGACAGGGCUGGUUUAGAACUGGAUACUGUUUGCCGGAAUUGCUCCUCGCUUCUGGACAGUACGACCAGGCCGAGGAAGGCCUCAGACAGCAACUAUCGGAGGCCGAGAACGACAAACAGGGGGUUGAGGACGAUGACAGCAAUAAAUCCAGACGGGCGUUGCUCGGCGUAAAUACGGCCAGAUCGAACCUCGGGGCUGUUCUGCGAGAACAGGGCAAGUAUGUGGAGGUAGGCCGUCUGUGCCUUCGAGACGUUGAGAUGGGGGAAGAUACGUUGGGCCCUGACCACCCCGAUUUUGCUAUACGCCUCAACAACCGGGCCGAGUUGUUGAGAGCGCAGGGCAAGUUCGACGAGGCGGAACCUUUGUACGUUAGGGCUAUUGCUAUCGGAGAGAAGGUACUGGGCAAAGGGCAUCCGGAUCUUGCCACGUGGCUCAACAACCUCGCGGGGUUGUUCCACACUCAGGGCAGGUUCAAUGAAGCCGAGCCGUUGUUCGAACGUUGCCUUGCCAUCCGCGAGGAAGCCCUUGGACUGGAUCACCCGGCGGUGGCAACAGUGCUCAACUGCCAGGCGGGAUUGUUGACUGCGCAUAGCAAAUACGACGAAGCCGGGAGAUUGUACAUGCGUUCCCUUGCCAUCCGCGAGAAAACUCUAGGACCCGAUCACCCUGCGGUGGCGGCAGUGCUUAACAACAGGGCUGAUUUGUUAACCAGACAGGGCAAGUUCGUCGAUGCCGUGCCCCUGAAUGAACGAGCAACAGAGAUUUGGACGGCAGCGUUGGGUCCGGAGCAUCCAACAGUGGCAACAGCGCUCAAUAACGGGGCGAGGUUGUUGCAGUGUCAGGGCAAAUAUGAAGAGGCGGAGCCGCUCUACGAGCGGUGUCAGGCAAUCGAGGAGAAGAUUUUAGGGUCUGAGCACCCGAGUUUGGCCGCGACGCUCAACAACCGGGCGGGGCUGUUGUACGAGCAGGGCAAGUAUGCAGAGGCGGAGCCGCUCUAUGAGCGAUGUCAGGCAAUCGAGGAGAAGGUUUUAGGGUGUGAGCACCCGAGUUUGGCCAGAACGCUCAACAACCGGGCGGGGCUGUUGCACAAGCAAGUGAGAGCCUUUUCGAAGUUCCAGGAAGUGUUCCUGUGA